UUGGCGAGCGCGGGAUCUCGUUUGGCAGCCACACCUCUGUCACCCCAUGGCAAGCAGAGCGGCGAUGGGCUCUUACACGUUCCCAGCCGGGGCUGGCACCCUCUCAAGUGGGUGUAGCCAAGGGAAGAAUUGAAGAAAGUUCUAAAGGUGAUUUUUUUCAGUAGUAUCAUGUUGUAAGACCUUGUGAUUGGGCUGUGGGAGUGCCCUGGCUCUAUAAGUAACACGCUGGCUCACGCGGGAGGUUACCGAGCAGUCCUGCAGUGCACCCAGUCUGAGCCCGGAAAGGUUUCCUACCCGAGUGGAAGCAUGAAGAUGAAGUGCAUUGCCCUGUUCUCUGUCUUGCUCCUGGUCUCACAGCUGCUCUUGGUGGAUUGUGAAAAACAAAGGAAAAGAAAACACGGGAGAGAUGAAAAGGGUGAAGGGAAACAUCCCGGCUCUCCUGACAAGGAGGAGAAAAGCCAGAAGGCUAAGGGAGGAAAAAGGCUCCCCAGGGGCAGGUUUUCCACUCAAGAGAAUGUCCCUUGUACUUGGGCAGUGACUGAGAAGGAGGGCGUCGCCUUGAAAGUUCAAUGCAAAGGGCAGGAAGCCCAAUUUGAGUGUACCUUUGCAGGCAGUCCUUCCUCCUGCCCCCAUUACGCAGGCAAUGAAAAAGCCUACUGGAAACAAAUUGGCCGAGCCCUGCGGAAACAGAGGAACCUUUGCGCAGACCCCAAGAGCAUCCUCAAGUCUCGCGUGUGCAGGCAAGGGCCUAAAGAAGCUCAUCUCAGAUUGCUGGACUCCAGCAAGAACAGCCAGAGUCAGGAUAAGAAGGUCAGAAAGGACCCUCAGACAGCAGCCCCCACCGUCGGACCGGCUGCCGCCACCGUCCAGCCGACGACUCCUGCCCAGUGCGAGGAGGACGUGGAGGUGAUCAACCAGAGAAAAGUGGCCAGCGAAUACUGUGGGGACACCUGGAGCUCCCUGUGCACCUUCCUGCUCACCAUGCUGCAGGACAAAAGGUGCUAGCGGACUCCCGGGCGCUCCGGCCUGAGCCGGAGCCUCUGCUCCCUGCGUGCUGCAGAAAAGCCUUUCACGCUUCCCUCCCUGCACGGACUUCUCUGGCUUCUGGACAAGGGAGGGGAGCCCAGCUACGUAUUUAAGUGUGUUUUGUAUUGUUUUGCUUGUUUUGUAUUUUGGAAUUUAUAUUUUAUUGGAUUUUGUUUUCAGUAGCCAGCAAUGUUACAAAAACUGUAAAAGGGCAUGUGUGCGUGUGUAUACAUAUAAAUAUAGAUGUAGGUGCAUAUACAUGUAUAUAUAAGUGCAAAUGUUGUACACAGGUACAUGGUCUGAAUAGAUACAUACAAGAUUGUGUGUGUACAUGUAAAUAUACACGCAGGUAAGUUUAGGUGUGUAUAUAUAUACAUGUGUAUAUGUCCAAUUACAUGGUCUGUAUUAAUUCAUAUAAGGUAUGUGUGUACACAUUAAUAUACAUGCAGGUAAAUAUAGGUGUGUGUAUACAUGUGUAUGUACAUGCAAAUGUGCAAAGUACAUGGUCUGUGUAGAUACACACAGGUUGUAUGUGUGUACACAUAAAUGUACCUGAAGGUAGAUGUAGGCAUGUAUAUAUACACAUGUAUGUACAUGUGAAUGUGUACAGGUACGUGGUCUGUAUAGAUACAUUCAAGGUGUGUGUGUGCAUGUAAAUAUACAUGCAGGUAGAUCUAGGUCUAUAUACACAUGUGUAUGUACAUGCAAAUGUGCACAGGCACAUGAUCUGUGUAGAUACAUAAAAGGUGUGUGUUGUGUACAUGUAAAUAUACACGCAGGUAAAUGUAGGGACAUACACACGUGUAUAUACAUGCAAAUGUGCACAGGUGAAAGGUCUGUAUAGAUACAAGGUAGUUGCAUGUGUGUACACAUAAAUAUACAUGCAGGUUGAUAUAGGUGUAUAUAUACAUGUGUAUGUACAUGCAAAUGUGCACAGGUACAUGAUCUGUAUAGAUACAUACAAGUUUGUAUGUAUAUGUGGACAUAUAAAUAUACAUACAGGUAGUUGUAGGUGUAUAUACACAUGUGUAUGUACAUGCAAAAUGUAUAUAGGUCCAUGGUCUGUGUAGAUCAACACAAGGUGGUUGUAUGUGUGUGCACAUAAACAUACACGCAGAUAGAUGUAGGGACGUAUACACACGUAUGUACAUGCACAUUUGCACAGGUUCAUGGUCUUACAUGAUCUGUGUAGAUAACACACACACACUCACCGGACUCGUUCUCUUCAGUUCCUCUUUGGGCUCAGCUAGCCAAAGGGGGUUUCAGCGCAGUGCACUCCCUAACAACCUGAGAAUGUUUCUGACCUGGCCAGCACCUACUUUGGCCAAGAUAAUAAAGUUUUGCAAACAUG